AGGAGCACCACCAGCACCACAGGAGCACCACAGGAGCACCACAGGAGCACCACAGGAGCACCACAGGAGCACCACAGGAGCACCACAAGAGCACCACAGCAACAAGCACCACCAGCUCCAUGAGUGAAGAGCAGCAGCCACUGCACCUCUCUGUGGGCAUCCUCACCAUCUCCGGAGGUUCUCUUCUGUUCCUCGUGAAUAACUACGCCUCUGGCUCUAAUGGACAGUAUGGUUCUACAUAUGCAGAGUCCGGCCCCACUCUCGUCCCUCGCUCUGCCGUGGGGAUCCUGCUCCUCAUCCUCGCUCUGCUCUUGGCUUAUGCAGCUCUCAGUGGCCGUCGGAGCCGUGCGCAGCUGUUUUCCACGGUGUGUUUGACCGUCUCGUCGCUGUGGUUCAGUUUGGGGCUGGUCUUCAUCGUCACGCAGCAGAACGAGCUCAGUUUCUUGUCUCCUGGUUUGGCUGCGUUUAGCUUAGGCCUGUUUCUCAUCGGCUUUGUCGCAUUUUUAGCAAAGAAAGUGAUUUUAACCAUCAUAUCCAUUAGCAUUAGCUUAGCGUGUGCUCAUCAGAUCGCCGGUUUGAGCAUCCCAGGUUUUGGCCGCACCUCCGUCGCCGCCUUUUACCUCCUCGUUGUUCUUGCAGGGGUUUAUUUUGGCGUCGACCGUUUACUUUCUUUCAUCACUGGGGGUAAAGGGAAGUUCCCGGGAGCAGGUUUAAAAGACGCGAGUGUCGUGGUGAAGUCCGAGCGCGGUUUAAGCGGCUCUGACGUGACUGUCGUAGGUUUGGUGUUGAACUUGGUCUCCGCCGCCGUGCUGUCCGGUCCUGUGGUCGGUCUGGAGCUUCACCCCGCCCUCAUCUGUUGGUCGUGGACGGCCGCGUUGUUCCAGUCGGGCGUUUGUGUUCUCCUCUUCAGGGCGAUGGAUCCUCUGGCAGCCCUUUUUUUUGCUUUCAUGGCGUUGCUCAGAUUUGCAGAGGGAUUCUUGAUUCUCUCGAGUGAACCUCUGAGCGUGUCUCCUGUCCUCUGCUCAGCCGCCGCCUCCGUCCUGUUUUUCAUCCUCGCUCUGUUUAGUUGCUCCAAAAGCCUUUUCCAUGGGUUCUACUCGCUGUUCUUUACGGUUUACUGUAUAACCAUCGCAGCCAGGUCUUCCAAAGCCGCGCAGGGCGUCCAAGUCGCUAUAAUCAUCGUAACAGCAGGUAUGAUUUUAAUGGAGUCUUUCAAUAUGACGCCAUGUUUCAAAAUCCAUAAAAAACAGGGAUAUUUCAAGUCAUUAUUAAACCGGGUCAAAUGUGUGACUCUGAAAGCCAAUGACAAACACCAAAAUGCGCCUCAUCUGGGGUUUUCCAAAUACGCAGACGCUGAAGUCUUGGGCCAUGCUUGUAGCGUGUUAGCGGCGUUCGCGCUCCUGGAUGGACACAUUAGCUCUGCGUAUUUACUUCUGCUCCCCGUGGUUGUGGGCGUGGGGCUGCUUCAGUUACUCUGCGGAUCGGUGGCGUUCUCUCGAGGGAAAACGUUUGAGAGUACCGUUUUUUUCCUCUACGCGGUGUUGUGGCUUUUCUGGGGGUUGGUCAGAUAUAGCGACCUCUACAGGGACGUGAGGGGGUUUAACGUCGCCGUGGGGAUCGUCAGUUUGUUGUUGUUUAACUCGCUGGUGACAGUCGCCGCCUUGUUUCUCAGCGUGGCCUGGUUCGCGUACACUCUCAGCUUCCAGUUCAUCAUUCUUAGUUUCCUGCUGGAUGCAUUGGGGUUUCUGCCGUUCGGUUACGACAUCGCCGCGUCCGUCGUCUUCGGUCUGGUCAGUUUGUAUUGCUUUUUGGCCCAGAUGUUUAGCAGCACGUUGGAGUCGCCUCAGAUUCCUUUGGGGAAGCCCAUCGCUAAGCUGAGCGGAGUCGGCGGCGGCGCUGACGUCUGCCCACAUGUCCCUGCGCGAAAGGCAACGUCUGUGGAGCGGAUAGCAGAUAUCAUGAAGAACGGCGGCGUGUGUGGGAUGCCUACAGACACGGUGUAUGUGCUCGUAGCAGCGUGCAGCCGCCCUGACGCCGUCGUAAAAGCCUACAAGGUGAAGAAACAGGCAGAGGACAGACCCAUGUCCAUGUGGAUCUCCUCCAUCAAACAGCUGGAGCCCGUGCGACACCUGCUGAGCCCCCUGCUGGUGGACUUUAUGGAGGCGGCGUGGCCCUCGUCCAUCAGCAUGGUCAUCCCUCGAGGUCCGUGGAUGGAUGUUUUUGGUUUGGGGGACGCGGCCAAACAUAUCGGGACGCCACAAAGCAUCGCCAUCAGAAACCCCGACUGUGCGGUCGCCACUCACCUCAUGAACCUGGUCGGGCCCAUCGCAGUGACUUCAGCCAAUCCGACGGGAGAAGCCGACACGACGCAUCACAACCAGGUUUACGCCAAGCUGGGAAACAAGGUGGACGGGGUGUUGUGUGACGGGCCGUCUCCUGAGAACAUCGCCUCGACUGUGGUGGACUGCACGAAGAUCGAGUCCGGGCAGAUCGGCUUCUUCAGAGUCGGGCUCAUUCCUAAGUCAAAGGUUCUGCAGAUUUUUGAGGACGUCCAGAAGCGACACAAACGGGGACAGACCAAUCCAGCGUUUGAUUAUGACGUUCACCUUCCUGAAACGGGACAGUUCUGCAGAGAGAGCGGGGACAGCAGCACCGAGUCAGGGCGGGGCUCGGACUGCUCCUGCCCCUACGCCUCAGGGCAGGGGUCAGAAGACUGCGCUCCUUAUGCUUCAGGACAGGGGUCAGAAGACUGCGCUCCUUAUGCUUCAGGACAGGGGUCAGAAGACUGCGCUCCUUAUGCUUCAGGGCAGGGGUCAGAAGACUGCGCUCCUUAUGCUUCAGGGCAAGGGUCAGAAGACUGCGCUCCUUAUGCUUCAGGGCAGGGGUCAGAAGGGGUCAUGGAUUUCUGACCUCAGUCCAGUGAAGAUCCUGGAGUCGUCCUGAUGAUUUAUUAAUUAACACAAAAAACAAAACUGAAAAUCUGCACUGCUCAUUAUUUAUUUCUGAAUUUUUAUUUAUGUUUGUAACUUACACUUUAAAAUAAAUGAAUUAAAAGACACAGUUUUAUUUGAAAUGCAGGUUUUAUUACAGAAUCGACUCAUUUUGUUUCAUAUUUUUCUCA